GUUUCACUGGACACAAUAGAGCUUAAAUGAAAACACAUUUACAGGAAAACUAUUCACAAGGAAGUGCCCAACUUAAUUCAAGAUUGGUAUGUGGAUUGCGUGGAAGUAUAAAGGAGCCAGUGCAAGAGGUUUGUCCACAUACCAUCCGACAACAUGAAGGUCCUGCUGUUAACGCUGCUGCUCCUGGUGUGUAGCACUCAAGUGCUCACACUCAGAUGCUACACCUGUGAGGGCAACGCGGACUGUAAGGCGGAAACCGAUUGCCCAGAAUCAGCUGGGUACUGCAAGACCUGGGAGCACGGAGAUGAGCUUCUUCGAACUUGUGAGGAACUCUGUGCAGAGGAUGAUUUUACGACCUGCUGUACUUCCGACCUUUGCAGCCCCUGAGGCGUCCCGAUCACUGCUCACUUCCCCUUCAAAGUCUUAAUCUGAUAGAGAAUGACUUGUUAGUUAGGUGUUAAAGUGACACUCCUGUCUUGCUUUUACUUUCAACUCAAUCAAGAAAUUAUGGCAAAUUAUUUAGUCUCACUCUUCAUCUCACAGCCACAACACAGAGAUGCCAUUUUUCAAAGAUGGCGAAAGGGCAACCACACACACACACACACACACACACACACACACACACACACACACACACACACACACACACACACACACACACACACACACACACACACACACAACCGCAAACUCACACACUUAAUCCUUCCUGAUGUCAGUUAAUGGGUCAGUGCUAUGUGGGUCGCUGUCUGUGAAGUUGCUGUUUAAAAACAUGUGAUGGAAAAAAAAUAAACCUUUUAAUUGAUCCGCUAAA